CACAAUGUAGGCUGACGUCAUAAUACUGCUAAGCGUUUCAUUUGUGUAUCACAACGACAAAGUCGGAUGUAAUACAUGUACCAUGGGUUGCUUCAACAGCAAAGUUGCGCCACUCCCUCCAGUUGAUCGUGUCCGAAACAAGAAGGAGCGGGAAAAGUUGAAAAAGAUUUUGAAAAUGCAGGGCAUUAAGGCGAAAGUGUCAAAACGCGGGGUUGCUUUUGAUGUUGCAUUCUCCAAGGACUUCAGAGAGUCAAAACUUCCUCCUAUCGGAAUCAUCGGCCCAAAGCAAAGUUCACACUACAAGCUAUCAUCUCCAGAUGUGAUUUGCAAUGAUCUAGGACGAGAGAAAGCAAUUCUUCAAGGAAUUGAAGAAAAACAAGAAAAAGCUAGACUGAGAAGAGAGGAACAACAGAGGGCAAUGAAAGAAAAGAUGAGACGCCAAUCUCUCAAACGUCAAACGAACUAUAAACUUGGUGUUUUGUUUCAUUUAUUAGAUUUAUUAGAAUGAAUCAUUAAUAACAUAUAAAUAAAAUUGUUCUUUUUUUAAUUUGUAUU